AUUGGUUGAUGUUGGGGGAGGUACAGGAACCAUGGGAAAGGCCAUUGCCGAAUCCUUCCCUCAGUUGGAAUGCAUCGUAUUUGAUCUUCCACAUGUUGUUUCUGGCUUGCAAGGAAGUGGAAACCUUAAAUAUGUUGGAGGGGACAUGUUUGAGGCGAUUCCUCCAACAGAUGCCAUUUUGUUGAAGUGGAUAUUACAUGACUGGAACGAUGAGGAGUGUGUGAGCAUAUUGAAGAAAUGCAAGGAAGCUAUAUCUAAGAAAGGGAAAGAAGGGAAGGUGAUAAUCAUAGACAUUGUGAUGGAUACUGAAGUGAAAGAUAAAGAAUAUGUUGAAACACAGCUCUUCUUUGAUAUGAUGAUGAUGGUGUUGCUCAACGGAAAAGAGAGAAACGAGAAGGAAUGGCUGAAAUUGUUUUCCUCUGCUGGUUUCAAUAACUACACAAUAACUCCCGUUUUGGGCUCAAGGUCUCUCAUUCAGAUCUAUCCAUAGUCACCCAACAAGAUGAAACUGUAUUUGAAAUUUCAAGAAAUAAGUUUGUGAGGAUUGUUGCAUGUGAAAAAGAUAGUUUCUGAAGGGUAUGAUGAAUAAGAAAUUGUUGAUUUAAUAAA